AUGCCGAUCAAAUCGAUUCUGAGCAGCGCCCUCAUCGGGUUGAUUGCUUCAGCACCACUCGCAUUGGCGCACACUUGGGUUGAACAAUUGAUGGUUAUCGCACCGAAUGGCACCUUGGUUGGCGAACCAGGUUUCCCUCGUGGCAAUGUCUUGCGCGGUACUCCCGGGUUUGGCGAUCCUACCAUGGUCAACCUCAUCCCACCGGAUGGCCGCACUAUCAACCAGAUCUUACCCUCUGACCUCAUGUGCAAGUCAUCCCAAACUUCUCAGACCCAGACGGAUGGUUCUCCCAGACUACAGGCCUCUCCUGGAGAUGCUGUUGCGUUGCGAUUUCAAGAGAAUGGCCAUGUCACCCUGCCAGACAACCAACCUGGCAAGCCAAAAAAUCGUGGCACAGUCUACGUCUAUGGCACCAGUCGACCUAGCGCUGACGACUCUUUUCUCGCCAUCCACCGUGUCUGGACUCCGGAUGGAACAGGUGGUGAUGGUCGUGGUCGCCUUCUCUCCACCCGCAACUUUGACGAUGGGCAAUGCUACCAGACCAAUGGCGGUGCAAUUUCCCAACAACGUCAACAACAAUUCAGCCAUCCAUUUGGUAUGGUGAUGGGCAAUGAUCUCUGGUGCCAACAAGAUAUCCAACUUCCAGCCGACAUGGCCACCGGUCAACCAUACACUCUCUAUUGGGUGUGGGAUUGGCCCACCAUGCCGGGCACUCCUGGAUUCCCAAAUGGGAAGCAGGAAAUUUACACGACUUGCAUGGAUAUUGAUAUUGUUGGUGACUCUGGCAUUGUUCCCGUCUCCAAAGCACAAGUCAACUUUGCGCAAGGUCAGCCGUACGACCUUGCUGCUGUGCCCGAUCAGAUGUCCGACAUUGCCAACCCAACUGCAGUCACAGGUCAGACCAUCCCUUUCUCGAACGUUGUUACUACCUUUCUCACGCGCACCGUUUCCUCACCAAUAACCACAACUCCAUCGCUGACCGUUUCGUCCCCUACAGGUUCUACGAUUGCUUUCUCUGCCUCGGCUACCGGUCCAGCUGCUGGUGGUGCAAGCGAAGCUAGUAUCUUUGCUGCCACUGCGUCCGACACAGCCAUUCCCGGAUUCUUGUCCGUCCACACAGGCUCGACCGCCGGCCCAGGCCUCGAGACGCAGACCUUCACUGUCAUUCCCAUCGGCGUAACCGCUGAUUCGUCUCAACCUACUGGCGACGCCAAUGGAAACGGCCGGGGUGGCCGCGGUGGUGACAACAAUAGUAUGUGGUCCCUCCUCCCUGCUUUCAUGAAGUCACUCUUGAAGUGGUUCAAGAAAGCCUCUGCUAACUCUCUCAACUCAUCAGGACCACAAGUGACAGGAGCACCCAAUGCAGUCGCCAACGCUCAACAAGUCGCCACCUUUACUGAGUACGAAUCAGUCACUGAAACUCUCCUGCAGACUGUGUACGUGACCAAGUACACCAAGCGUGAUGCAGGUGAGUCAUAUCCCGCCGCUCCUACUGUUGCGUCCGAUGGUUUUUCUUCCCCUGCAACUUCACCCUUCUCCCGCACCCGCCCUUGGGCCCACCUGAACUUCACUCGUUCUGCCGGGCCGCCGCCGUGGCUCGGUGGCGACUCAGCUUCACGGACUCGGCGACCUCAUGAUCGACCUACAGGAUGGCCACAGGGGAAUCACAGCAGCAGCGGACAAGAUCAUGGUGACAAGGACUAUACAACCACGUCAACCGGCCAGACCACCGUCACAGUCCAAAGCAUUGUCAGCUUGACGACUUACAUGCCAUCUGCUCCUUCGUCUGCUGCUGCUGCUGCUGUUACUACUGCUGUCGAUCCCAAAGCCAUCGCUGUCUCACCGUUCCCAGCCCUCCCGACCAUCGAGUCCGUGUCAUCCACCUCCACGUUCACAUACACAGCCACCAUCACAGUCAUCCCCACCACUUCCACAUCCACUUUGUCUUUCCCUGCUCCAGCACCAGUCCCAUCAUCGUCAUCAUCGUCUGAGCAGCAGCAGCCGCAGUCACUAACAGUCAUCCUAAUUCCAGACCCAGCCGCAACUCCCGCCCCCGAACCGGCAUCAACAAUCCACGCUGCUUUCCGCCUUAGAGCACGAAAUCCCUUCGUCGUUCUCGGCUGGAUGUCAGCAGAGGAUGCGAAGACGACGUCAACCGUCUCAUGA